AUGAGCAUUGAGUCAGACGUUCCAAAGAUUCCAGAUUACAAGCUCUCAGAGAGUCAGUUUUUGCUACAACAUACAAAAUUGAGUCAGGAUGAGCGUCAAAAAAUAAUUGGCAAUAUUGUUGAUACAAUCAAGAGUGAAAAAGCAGCACCAUACUACCAAUACUUACACACAGUGAUAGAAGACUUUCCUUAUGACGAAGGGAUCUACAAACAGCUAGUUGAUGAAAACGAAAAACACAUUGAAGAACUCAAGGCCAAAAUCAAGGAGGCAGGGGGUGAAGAAGAAACGGAGUUGGAUGUGGCGACAGAAACCACGAAACUUGCCGAAUAUUAUACCAAGAUCCUUGACCGUGAGGCUGCAAACGAGACAUUUAAGCAAGUGUUGGAAAUGGCUAUAGGGACAGGUGCCAAGAUUGACCAUUACUUAACGCUUGCACGUCUUGACUUUUUCUUCAAUGAUUUAGCACAAGUACGAAAGGAUUUGGAUCAAGUUGCUAGCUUGAUUGAAAAGGGUGGAGACUGGGAACGUCGUAAUAGGUUCAAGGCAUACGAAGGGAUUUACUUUUUGGCCACGAGGAACUUUGCCGAGGCUGCGAAAUUGCUUAUUGACUCUUUGGCUACAUUCACAUCGACUGAGUUGUGUUCGUAUGAACAAAUUGCCCAUUAUGCCAUUGUGGCCGGAGUACUCUCAUUGGAUCGUGUUGACUUGAAAGAGAAAGUUAUUGACUCGCCAGAGAUUUUGUCUAUAUACUCAACAGCACCUAGUUUGGAACCCUUGUUGAACUUGACCAACUCAUUAUACACUUGCCAAUACAAUUGCUUAUUUGAGUAUCUCUUGCAAUCAUACGAUAGGCUCCUUAUACCAAACAAAUACUUGCAUGCACAUGCCAACUAUUUCCUUCGAGAAAUGAGAUGCAAGGCAUAUGGACAAUUGUUGGAGAGUUACAAGUCAUUGUCGAUAAAGUCAAUGGCUGCUAACUUCAACAUCAGCGAGGAGUUUUUAGACCAAGAUCUCUGCAAGUUUAUCCCCAACAACAAGCUCAAUUGUGUGAUUGAUAAGGUGAAUGGAAUCAUCGAGACCAAUAGACCAGAUAACAAAAAUAACCAGUACCACUUGUUGAUUAAGCAAGGAGAUGCGCUUUUGACCAAGUUGCAAAAAUAUGGAGCAGCUGUAAAGUUGAGUGGUGCUGAAAGAGUAUAG